AUGUCACCACUAUCAGAACUUGCCAAAGCUGCCUUUGUAACUACCUCCAAAGGAGCUGGAGUUACCCUAGCAAGCACCGUCGCCUCUUGCUACCUGGCCUGUCAGAUUGAAGUCCGUGCGCAUCGGUUCAUCUAUCAUCACUGGCCUGAGAAGUAUGCCUCCGUGCAAGUUGCCAAUGGAUUGACACAAGAAGAAUUGGACAGGGCGCAUCAAAUGGAGCCUGCUAUGGCUCAACCUGAUACUGUUCUUCUUACGGACAACAAGCCCGCCGUGGAAGAGUCCAAGAUGUCAAGAAAAACACCAGUUUAUUCGUUUGAUUUGUCAGGAGCAUCCACAACAUUGGAUCAAACGAACCAAUUCUGGAAAGAAGCAGAAGAGCCCCUGGCACUCAUCAAGGAAUUUACCAUGCCAAGGCAAGACCUUAUUGCCACUUCCAUGACGUCUUAG